AUGGCCGUGCCCAUGGCGUCACCGCUCGAGGUGAUCUCUACGACAGCACUUUUUUUCACCGGCGCCUUGAUCAUGCGGGGUGCCGGCUGUACAAUUAAUGAUCUCUGGGACCGCAACUUGGAUCCAUAUGUCGAACGAACACGACUACGGCCCAUUGCGCGGAAAGCCGUUUCUGUUGAAAACGCAAUUGUAUAUCUAGGCGCACAACUUCUCACUGGGUUGACUCUGCUUUUACAGUUUCCUCUACCGUGUCUCUACUAUGGAGUUCCUAGCCUUCUUUUGGUCACUGUGUAUCCUCUGGCCAAGCGAGUGACCCAUUACCCUCAGUUUGUUCUCGGCUUGGCCUUUUCGUGGGGCGCAAUAAUGGGAUUUCCAGCUCUCGGCAUCGACCUUGUCUCCAAUCCCGCCGCACUUGCGGCUGCGGCGGCAUUAUAUUCGAGCUGUGUUGCAUGGACCCUCAAUUAUGACAUGAUCUAUGCCUACAUGGACAUCGAGGACGAUGCCAAAGUAGGCAUCAAGUCGAUCGCCCAAGCACACGAGCACAAUUCAAAGACUGCUCUCUCUGUCUUCUCUGCUGCUCAGAUUGGACUUCUCGCGACUGCCGGGUACUUUGCUGGAGCAGGUCCGGUUUUUUUCAUCGGAAGUUGUGGUGGUGGAGCUCUGGCUCUGGCAACCAUGGUCCGACGGGUGAAUCUGAAGGAUGUCAAGGAUUGUUGGUGGUGGUUUAAGAACGGAGCCUGGAUCACCGGCGGAGUCAUAUCUCUCGGCUUGCUCGGAGACUAUCUUCAUCGGAGGGCCCAAGAGGAGUGCACAUCCACGACUCAGACCAUUGGCGCGUGA